UAUUGCUCUGCAUCGCGCUCUAUCCAUAAGGGAAGCAGCUGAGGAGAAUCGGAAGAAACCGAAGCCCAGACCCGAAAAGAGCUGACGUGAGGAAGCACAGCAACCGUUGGGGGGGAUGAUGGUGCCCUCGGCCCAUGAGUUUCACUGGCAGAGCCUGGCAUGUCUUUCCAGCGCCCGCGUCUAUCACUCAUUGGCUGAUGUUGGGGGGCAGCUGUAUAUGGUGGGGGGUUGCGAUGCUUCGGGUCGACCCACCAGCGCUCUCGAGCGCUACUCCCCUGAGGUGGACCGCUGGCUCAGUCUCCCUCCGAUGCCCACGCCGAGAGCCGGGGCGGUGGUGGCUGUCUUAGGUAAGCAGCUGCUGGUGGUCGGGGGAAUGGGGAAGGACCAGCGCCCCCUGAAGGCCGUGGAGGUGUAUAACACAGAAGAAGGCAAAUGGAGGAAGAGGUGCUCGCUCAGAGAGGCGUCCAUGGGGCUUUCUGUCACUGUUAAAGACGGCAGAGCUCUUGCUGUUGGGGGAAUGGGAGCAGACCUCCUGCCUAGAAGUGUUCUCCAGCAGUAUGACCUUCGCAAGGACGUGUGGGCACUCCUUCCGCCCAUGCCCACCCCGCGCUACGAUACCAGCGUCUGCCUACUGGGCUCCAAGAUCUACGUGGCAGGAGGACGUCAGUGUAAGCGUUUGGUGAAGGCGUUUGAGGUCUUUGACAUGGAAAGCCGUACCUGGUCCUCUCUACCCAGCCUGCCUUGUAAGAGAUCUUAUUCUGGGGUCUUAUGGGACAGCGCCGGGCGUCUCUGCUGGUUGGGAGGGCUCAGACAAGGAGGAAUACACCAAAGUUCAAAGUUUACCAAGAAUGUUAACAUCUUUGACACCAACCAAGGAACUUGGUUGAAAUCAGAGGACACCGUACCCUUGAAAACCAAGCGAGCAGACUUUGCCGCAGCCAUAGUGCGAGACAGAAUGAUCGUGGCAGGAGGCCUAGGCCAUCAGCCAUCAGUGCUGGACACUGUCGAAGCCUUCCAUCCCGAAAAAAGAAAAUGGGAGAGGCUGUCGCCCAUGUCGACGCCACGUUGCUCUGUCUCCAGCAUUGUGAUCCGUGAUCGACUACUGGUAGUAGGAGGUGUCAAUCAAGUCCCAAGCUCCGCCCAUGAGAUUCUAUAUGUAAAAGAGGAGGAGAUUCUUUAACCAUAGAACUUUAGGUUUACACAUCAGAAAAAGUUGCCUUCAAUGAUCAAGUAAAACACAAAUUUUCACUUCGCUUGGUAAAAUUUUGCAUCAAAAUCCAGUCUGCACAAU